AUGGGGUCUCAGGAGAAGGGCACAGAGCAAAAGAUAAAGAGUCGAGGGCAGAAGAUACAGUCCAUGGGGGAGUGGAUGGUGGAAGGAGCCAGUGAGGAGACAGGAACAGGAGAAGCCGAGACCUCAAUCCAGAGGCCAGCCAGGAUGAAGCCCCAGGAUGGAGUCGAGGGUGGGAGGAGCCAGGGUGAAGAUGACUUGAUGGCAGACGACACCCUGGGGACGACCAACAGAGAUGAAGCCACAGAUGGAGAGCCAGGGGUUUCUGGUGCUGGUUGGGGUGUGAGUUACAGUCAUUCACACAUCUGUGCACUAAAGAACUCAUCAGUGAUAAUGAACUGCACUUAUACAUACCCUACUGGAUAUAAAAUCAUGAAAGUGUUCUGGACCAAAGGACCUGUAAUAAAGGGUAUAGAGCCCCCAGAUCUGUCUGAUGACCCUGAAUACAGUCAAAGACUUCAGUAUCUGGGAGAUAAACUGAGAUACUGCACCAUCAGACUGAGUCAUGUGACACAGAAGGAUUCACACACGUACUAUUUCAGAUUCACAACUAAUAAACCUAAUGGUAAAUGGACUGGUUAUCCAGGAGUGACUCUUACUGUCACAGAUCUUCAGGUGGAGUCUCCUGAGAGAGUGACAGAGGGAGAUUCAGUCCGUCUGACAUGUAAAAGCAGCUGUGCUCUGACUGACGGAGCAACAUUCAUCUGGUACAGAAACUCACAGCCAUUAACUGAGAGAAGAGACAGAAACAAUCAACUCCUGCUGCAGUCAGUCAGAAGAGAGGAUGCAGGCAGAUAUAGCUGUGAUGCACAGGAACACAAUCACUAUCUCAAAUCACCUGAUGUGCAGCUCAGUGUGAGAUAUCCUCCCAGGAAUGUCUCUGUGUCUUUCAGUCUGUCUGGCCAGUUCUGGGAGGGAGAUUCAGUGACUCUGCUCUGCAGCAGUGAUUCAAACCCACCUGCAGAAAUCAUCUGGUUUAAGGAGAAUCAAAGCGCAGCUGUUGGAUCUGGACAGAGUUUCAGUGCACUACAGAGUGGACGCUUCUACUGUGAGGCUCACAAUCAACAUGGAUCUCAGAGAUCAGACUCUGUUACUGUCACUGUUAAAGGACGUCUGGUGAUAUUGUACAUAUCCAUUGGAGUGGUUUGUGGAGCUGCAGUUAUCAUCACGAUGUUGCUGAUUUGCAGGAGCAGGAUGAAACAGAGAAAUGACACACAGGGAUCUCAGAUGAAUCGUUCCAGAUGUCAAGAUGACAGAUGUAAAGUUUGUUGUUUUGAGAUGAAUGAACCUGUGUAUGAGAAUGUAAGGCUUAACAGGGAGAGGCUAUAGUGUUUUGGAAACAUGGCAAAACAUUUUAUAGCAUUUAUGCAACCUGGUCUCAUGGCAUAAACGUACCUGGGGGCACUUAUUAGCGAGACCGUUUUUACAUGCCUUACUGCAUGUUUUGCCGCAGUUUCAAAGAGAAAUGUCCACUGAGUGUCCACUGAUUUGAACCAGAGCUCCUCAGCUCUCAAGUACGUCUCCGUACUCCAUGAGCUACCGAACAAACCUACCGGCCGUGAAAACCCAUAUAUGUGCGACGCUAACGUUCAAAAGCAUCAGUUUUCAAAUCUCCCAGCAUAUUAAUAUUGUUUUGAAUAACAUGAUAUUCUUCAAGUAACUGUGCGAAAAUUCCGUUUUAUUAAUCGAAACUCUGUAAAUUUGUAUGAAAAGGAAUAAAAGGUGUCAGAGUUUUACUGCCUCUAGUGUUCAUUUCUUUUGGAAACUGCAGUGAUAUGUACUUACUGGUACGCAUUUUGUGUCUCGCUAAAAAGUGCCCCCAAGUUGCGUUUAUGCCAUGAGACCAGGUAGCAUUUAUGUAUCGCUUGUGUGCGGAGUCCUGAAAAGCAACAUGAAUUGAUACAGUCGUAUGUAAUCCAAUGUGAGUGUGUAAAUGUUUUUCCUUUACACUCUGUACCAUAUAGUUUGUUUGCUUAAUUUAGAUGUUUUUCAAACUUUCAGCCUUAUUCCUUAUGUUUUCAAGGCAGAAAAUAAAGAUCUGAUACCAUUUGAUACCUCAGUAUAACAGCAUAAAUAGCAACACAAUGAAACACUGUUAGAAGGACACAUACAUUACUCUAGUAACAAUACUGAUAACUUACAAUACUGUUUACUGGUUAGUUGGUAUUAAUCUGGUUUGUCCCAGUGAUGAUACCAUACUUUUUUGUGGUCUUUUCACCCACUGCUGGUGACCAUGUUCCAACGCUUUUACUUUCGUUGUAAAAUGAAACUGUAUCUGUGAUUUUUAAUUGAAAUGUCAUCAAAGUGCCACAUGUCAAAAAGCAGCACAUAUGAUUGGUGAGUGAUCAAGUCUUCUGAAAUUACAUGACAGCUUUGUGUGAAGAACACCUUGGUCAAAUUUAGGUAAUUAGGGUUAUGGUUAACUGAUAACGUUGUACUCUGCCAUUGUCCUCAACUAUCAUUACCGUUUUUUUGUUUUUUUUUCUUCUUCUUUUUCAAAUAUGUAUAUAUAUGUAUAUGUGUGUGUGUGUUUAUUUAUUUAUUUAUUUUUUUAAAUAUCAUUUCUGAUAUUAGCCUGCUGUUAUGUGCUUUCGAGUAUAUUGUUUGCAUUUUACCAGCAGAUGUCCUCAGCGUGCAGUGUUCAGAACAGUGAAUCAUUUUAUUUGGUUUUGAAGUUUUAUCCUUUUUGGGUCUUUCAUCUGUCUUUUUAAACACACAAUGUUUUGCAUGCUUAAGUGACACCCUUAAACCUCCUUUAACAUAUUCUGAGAUGAUGUGUAAGACAGCAAAGAGGUGUGAGGCCACAAAAUAUAAUUUUUUUUACUGUGGUAUGUAUGCUUGCUUGAGACUCAAAGUAAGCUGAGAGUGUCAGAACAUACACAGUCUGUGUCCUUAUUUCCUCUCCCAGGUGCUUGCAUAGGUUGACUGAAAUAUUACAAUAUAAAAUGAUCUUAACGAUUGGCUCAAUUGAUUCUAAUGUCAAUAGUCUUAUUAUAAUCAAUAAAUGAAACCGCUAUUAUAUAGACCUCCCUGAGAAAUGUUUCCCUCCUUGAUAUUGGUGCAAAGAUGUGUAUUUUGUACAAUAUUUCCAACUGUUUUUUUUUUUUUUUUAACUUAAUUACAAGCACCACAAUUACUAAAUUGUGUCAUCUGAUACAUAGAAACUGCUGAACAGAGAUUUCUAUGUUCAUUUUAAAAUGUGACAUAUUGAAAAUCAAAAUAAAGCUCUGUCAACACUUGCAUUUUUACAACAUUAUAAGUGUGUUCCAUCAAGUAGUCAAAAGUUACACACACAUGCACGUUGCCAGAUUAAGGACACCAACAGGAACGAGCGCACAUGACGAUGAAUGAAAUUAAAUACACUGUGUUUUCCGCCAACUGGCAACUCAGGGUGCCGAAAUACAAUUGGGUAAACUGGCAGAGGGAGGGUUUCACAAACCAAAACAGAGACUGACA